AUGUCAGACGCAGCUGCCUCCCAGCCAGCAGCGGCAGAGGCAACAACGACAACAGCAGCGACAUGCCAACAUGAAACAGACCAGCUCGAGCCACCCAGUGCUAGAGCAUCCAAGGAAGGCCCUCUAGAGCCCAGCAACCUCCCUGAGGUCCAAGCCGGCGAUGUAGAUGCUGGUACGCAGACGUCGAGCACUCGUAGCCAGGCCGGCACUACUACUGGCGGCGACGAGGUGCUGGAACGCGCACGCGAGCUGAUGGCGCGACACAAGCAAGACAGGGAACACAGGGGCGCCGAGCAUUUCGCGCUGGUGCCAGAGGUUCUGGAAUGCCUCCAGAUCGCGCUACCGCUAAUUAAUGAUAAAACGCUACACGACAAAGCCAAGUUGCUGUCGGUUUUCCAGCUGUGCGAGGAGGCCGUUCUGGCAGCCUCGGACGACUGCAGCGACGACAACGACGUCUGCAAGAGGACGCUGGGGCUGGCGAAGGCGGUCGUCGUGGACAUGCUAGCUCACAAACGACUGGGAGAGGUGCGCACAUCAACUUGUCGUGAAAGGCUAGACCGGUACGUCCAAGAGAUAGACGACCUACUCAGGCGUUUAGACGAACAGCUGAUACACUCCACGGACUACGCUAGGAGCGGCGGCGGCGGCGCUAGUGGCGGUGGGCCGGCACCCCUUCUUGCCAACACUUGGAGUGAAGAAGAGAGGACGGUCAUGAAUCAACUUUGCGAGCAACGUUUCCUGGCACUUUUGCCCCACACGUCGUACUACGAGACAGUGGAAGGCGUGAGGCAGGGCGUCGAAUGGGCCCUCAGGCAACGAUUCUCUCAAGCGAGAGUGUUGGUCUUUGGCUCCUCCGCAAUGAGCUUGUCCACACCCGAGAGCGACAUCGACCUGACCCUUUAUCUCCCUUCCAGAGUGGAGCUCAUCCAAGAGCUCAAGGGCGUUGUCGAGUCCAAGACAAGAGCAGUCUUGAUGGCGGAGGAAGGGCAGGCCCACGCUGUGCAGCUGCUGAAGCAGAGGGCAUCCAUGGAAGACAAAUUGUCGAAACUCAAUGGCACCAAGCGGGGAAAACUGAACGACCUGUCGGCCUUGACUCUGUCCAGAGACAAAACUGCCCAGAAGCUACAUGCAAUGAAAGCUGCUCAUACCGCCCGGAAGACGCGGAAACUGGAGACUUCCUCGCAACAAGCGCAGGAUUCGGAAAAGUCGGAAAAUAGUGAAACACCUCGCAGCAAGGAGGAGCAGAGGCACGCUGGAUCAGCAACAGCCGCACGGGUACCUAUUCCCGAGCCCGUGGCUUGUACCGCUGAAGACAAGGACAAGGACCGCAACGAUUCUCGAGAUGGACAACGGGCAGCCGAGCCGGAAGAGGAGGACAGAGAGGGAGUGUUGCUGGAGAGCAGGCUGGCGGCCAGCGAGCGAGGGAUCAAGACAAGCCGGCGAGCGGCCACGGAGGCGGAAGCUGCUUUUGAAGAGAAAAAGAAGGAGCUUGGGGACUGGACCAAAGAAAACUUUGACAACGCUAGCCCCGACCAGAAGAAGGUUGUGCAAGCCAUCAUAAAGUGCAGGGCAUCACUGGCAAAGGCCCAGCAGAACCUCAAGGCGACGAGCAAAAUCGUGUUCGAGAUGAAGAGGGUAAUGGAGAGAAAGGGCUUCACGGACGUCAUGGCUGUUCACAGAAGCCGAGUGCCAGUGGUUAAGACGUGUGUGCCGCGGCGCCUGUGGGGCCCCGCCGGGCGUCCGAUUGAAUGCGACAUCAGCGUCAACAACCUCGUCGCCGUGCACAACACUCGCCUCGUUAAGGCCUACACCGACCUGGACCCGCGAUGCCACAGGCUGCUGUAUUUAGUGAAGGCCUGGGCGAAGGCGAGGGGAGUGGGCGACUCAUCGAAGGGCACGCUGAGCUCGUACGGCCACUGCCUCACUGUCCUCCACUACCUUACGCGAGUCGGCGUCGUUCCCUCGCUUCUCAAGGAGCACAAGUCAUUCUCCAAGGAAGCAGGCGCCCAUCCUACACCCCCUGCAUUCGACCACGGGGACAGCGCCUUCAUUGUAGAAGGAAUCGAUGUGUCCUUCUCCAAUACCAACCCGGGAACCCUUCCACCCUGUCCCCUCCCGGUUGAAAAUCACUGCCCCCCCCUGCCCCGUGACACAGCGGAUCGAGCGAUCCACGGGAACGCCUCGGAAGCCGAUAGCAAUCAGGGGGUGGCAGACUCGUAUGAUACCGCAAAUGAUACCACAAAUGGUAGCAGGAGCGGGAGCGAGGGGCUAGCUGUUCGGGAUGCAACCAUUUGCGAUCUACUGUUGGGUUAUUUCAGGCACCUGGCCGAAGACUUCUGCCACGCCAAGGAGCAGCAGCGGCAGCAGCAGGUAAUGACCCUGCGCCCGAAGACCAUCCUCAACAAAGCUGACGUGUGGGCCAGACCCAAGCUAUGGCGUACGAGUGUGGAAGACCCUUUCGAGACUUUCGACAGCACCAACCCCCAUGAUCUGGGCACGGUUCUUUCGCGUACUGGCCAGACGCUACUCCACCAAGAAUGGAAGAGGGGGUACGCCGUAAUGAAGAAAGGCGGUUCGAAGGCAAUCCCAGAGCUGUUCGAGACGUCUGGCAGGGCAGCGAAAAACGGGCCCAAGAACGUUGCUGGUCUUGCCAAGAUGGACGGCGGUGGUGCCCGCGGCGGAAGAGUGGCCGGCACUGGCAACGGUCGCAACACGUACGUGCAAGCAUCGUUUAUUGUUCGACCUAUGUCUCGGGAUAAUCGGGGUGCUUGUCCGUCGUGGAGAAGGUCCGCAAUAGACAUUGCGCGGUGGUCCUUGAUGCGAAGGUUGGCUUCGUUCCUGGUGCUGUAG